CCAGAUGACACUUGACACUGACAGGUCAGAUUAAAAAAAAAGGCGAAACAAGUACUAAGUAGCGCAGAGUUUCGUUUCGCGGUUUAUUUAAUCAAAAUAAAAGCUCAGCAUUGUAACCAUUAUUUUACAAUAUUUUUAGUUAAGUAAAAUGACGAAAGUAGCAUCAGUUAUCCAUUGGUUUCGUCUUGAUUUGCGUUUGCAUGAUAAUCUCGCUUUGCGGAAUGCUAUAAACGAAGCAGAAAAUCGUAAACAAAUUUUGAGGCCAAUUUAUGUUGUAGACCCAGAUGUGCAAAAUAAAAUCGGGCGAAACAGGCUACGGUUCCUGUUUCAAAGCUUGAGAGAUCUCGAUGAAAACUUACGUAAAAUUAACACACGAUUAUUCAUUAUUAAAGGGGAUCCUGUGGUAUGUUUGCCGCAACUUUUUGAAGAAUGGCAAGUGAAAUUUAUAACCUUACAAGUUGAUAUUGAUGCAGAAUUAGUUAAACGAGACGAUGUUAUAGAGAAAAUAUGUGAAGAAAAGGAUAUAUUUGUAGUCAAACGGGUUCAGCAUACUGUCUAUGAUUUCAACACUAUCCUGAGGAACAAUAAUGGUAAUAUUCCAUUGACUUAUCAAAAAUUUCUUUCUCUCGUAUCUAAUACUCAAGUUAAAGAUACUAUAGAAAUUACUAAACAAAUUUCUAAUGAUUGUAAGGCACCAGAGUUUGAUUCUCAAGAUAAUGACAUUUCUGUGCUUGAAGAAUUCAAUUUCAAUGAAGCUGAUUUAAAUGACUGUAAGUACCCGGGUGGUGAGACCGAAGCAUUGAAGCGACUAGCCACAUAUAUGUCAAAAAAACAAUGGGUUUGUAACUUUGAGAAGCCAAAUACUUCACCAAACAGCAUAGAGCCGAGCACAACAGUAUUGAGCCCAUACAUCAGUCAUGGAUGCUUAUCUUCCAAAUUAUUUUAUCACAAAUUGAAGGAAGUCGAAAAUGGAAUGAAACAUUCUUCCCCCCCAGUUUCACUUUUAGGUCAAUUAAUGUGGAGGGAGUUUUACUAUACAGCUGGUGCAGGCACUAAAAAUUUUGAUAAAAUGGUUGGAAAUUGUGUGUGCACACAAAUACCCUGGAAAAAGAAUGAAGAAUACCUAAAAGCUUGGGCAGAAGGUAGAACUGGAUAUCCAUUUGUGGAUGCCAUAAUGAGGCAGUUGAAACAGGAAGGCUGGAUUCAUCAUUUAGCUCGACACAUGGUUGCAUGUUUUCUGACAAGAGGAGACUUGUGGGUGUCCUGGGAAGAUGGAGCAAAGGUAUUUGAAGACUACCUCCUAGACUAUGAUUGGUCAUUAAACGCAGGAAACUGGAUGUGGCUCUCUGCCUCUGCAUUUUUCUAUAAAUAUUACAGAGUCUACAGUCCAGUUGCGUUUGGUAAAAAAACUGACAAAGAAGGCCUGUAUAUAAGGAAAUAUGUACCUGAACUAAAGAAGUACCCUGCUGAGUUUAUCUAUGAGCCUUGGAAAGCUCCUAAAUCAGUUCAGACCACUGCAGGAUGUAUUAUUGGUGAAGAUUAUCCAAAAAGAAUUGUUGAUCAUGAUAAAGUGCAUAAGGAAAAUAUCCAAAAGAUGAAUGCAGCAUAUAAGCUUAGCAAGGAGAAAAAGGCAUUAAAACGUAAAAGAUAACAUGCUUAAUGGAUCAUAUUUAAGUGAAAACAGCAAAAGUAAUAUGUAUUUUGCAUUUUAUAGAUAGACUUUCAAAUCACAUUAACAGUACCUGAUAUUCAAAUUACAAUUGAAUCACACAACUGAGGAUCUGUACAAUAUAACUAAUUAUAUGAUUAUAAGUCGAGAUAAGUGAAUAUUACAUAAAUGUGCUGAGGGUUCAUAUUUUUUACUGUAGUUAUCUUAUCAAUAAUCAAUGUUGAGUUUGUAAUAUUGAACUAUAUGUGUGUUGGAGAAAUAAAGAUUUUUUGAGAUUUGAACAUA